AUGCGCACCUCGUACCUCCUCGCCGCAGCCCUUACCCUCCUUGGCGGUGCUCACGCCGACGACGACAGCACCACAGUAGUCGGCUACUUCAUGCCCUAUUGGUCGGUGGACCUCCCUGAAUACGGCGGCUGGACCAGCACCGGCGCCAGCGUCGCAGGCAUCAAUGCCGUGAAAACCACCUACAAAAUGAGCUGUCUCAAAGACGCCCCCAAGACAGACUGCGACAUGAAGGACGCAUACACUAUCAUUCAAGGCCCGGAAACCGUCAGUGUCAGCCAAGUAUACACUGCUUCGACGUCGGACAAGACCACCAGCUUCGAUGUCACCGUGACUCUGUCAUACGAAUGCUCAUUGAAGUCGUGGACUGAAUCGGCGAGCUGCACCAUGAGCGCGGGUUUCAGUGGAAGUGACGAUGGCGCGACGUACGCUUCGUCGACGUCGACCAAGUCUACCUAUGAGAACCCGACUAGCAGAUUCUAUUCCCUUGUUGUCACGGGGGGUGUCAAGUCGUUCACCGAGCCCGCCGCUACGAAGACCCCUGAUGCUGCUGCUGGUGUCGGGGCUCCUGUUGCGGCCAUGAUUACGGCGGCGCCUGUUGCGGCCGCUGCUAUGGUUGCUGCGGCUUGGGUUUAG